GGAAAGAAGUCGGAGCUACAAGAGAGAGAAGAGUUUUAGCAAAGGGAGAUGGGAAUGGAGAAGAAAGGUUUGAGCGUUAUGUUGAUGGUGGCUCUCCUUGCCACCUCUUUCCUGCAGCUUCACGCUCGCGUGGACUUAUUCACUGCAUCUACUGCCGGAGUACUUGGCGGAGAAGAUGAACCAUGUUGUGACUUUUGCGCCUGCCUUCCAAUCUGGCCACCGCAACCAUGCCGAUGCACCUAUAUGAGGAACUACUGUCCCUCGGAAUGCAAGAAUGAUUGCGUUUGCACCAAGUCCAUACCCCCCAUAUGCACAUGUACGGUAAUCAAGGACAAAUGUGAGAUUUGCGUGACCCCAGGCAGUGAGAAGUAACAAGGAUCAAAGUACCGGUCUCUUAUAUAUGUCUAAAUAAUGAAAAGUAUCUUAGGAUGAUGCUUGGUCUGGGAUGACCGGUUCUCUCUGUAAUAGGCAGUGUUAUUAUUGGAUAACGCGCCAGUGUUACUAUAUAUUUCCUAUUCUGUAGCUCUCUUGAUGAAUGGAUAGGUUGAUGUUGGCUGGGUUGGAGAC